CGCAUCAUGCAUCUUUAGUCGGCUUGUUUACGUUCCGGCCUGGGCCGGGCUGACAUGCGGGUCAGUCCUUAGAGAUGCCUAACUCAGCCUCGCGCGGACGUUGGACGAGCGAGUCGCGCUGGUUCGGGCAAGCUCGCCAAAGCGCACGGGCUGCAUCAUACACCCUUCAGUCCGCAUCUUUACUGAGCAUAGCCCAUCCUUGCUCCUACCUGCCCGCCCCCUUACUUUCUGUUGAGAUAUCGGUCAGAACUAUCUAUAAGGGAGAACGUAGGGGAGUUCCGAGAGUGUGUGUGCGAUACACCAUGCAAGGACCUGACCCGGAACCCAUGCGAGGGUAUAAGCCAGAGAGCUACCCGUUAUAGUUAAGUAGUGUGGUACUAUGUAAUGUGCGAAACAGUCUGACUGUCAGCCGCCCCUACUUCCGGCUAGCGAUAGUCGUAAUCACCAUUCAACAGGUUAUGAGCCCCGCGUAGUUGCGGCGGGUUGCGCUUUGUCGAGUAAAGACAAGAUAACCGAUAGGCUGUAGGCCAGUGAGCGCAAAUGAACGAUGAGGGCGGAGUCUGUGGAAAGCCGAUUAUGCUCGAGCAAAGCACGGCCCACAUUUGGCUCUCCAAGUUAAGGAUUUAUCUUAACUGGAAGGAGCUGGGUCCGGCUAUCCGUGACGACGACGCGCCGGAGGCGAAGCAGCAGAAGGCGGUCGCCCUUAUCCUGAGCCAUGUGAGGCUGUCCGACCACUUCAUCUAUGAGGAGCUGCUAGAGACCCUGGAAGCGGAGAAGAAGGCCAACCCUACUGCCAAGCAGAACGAGGCGAAGCGCCUUGUGCAAGCGCUGAUGGCAUACUACAAGAAGCUGGCGGCUGGAAAUCACCGUCAGUGGGCAGCCGACCUGGGCAGCGUCAGGCUGGGAGGGAGCGAGCAGAUUAGCGAGCUCAUCCAGCGCAUUGCUGACAUGGUGGAGAGGCUGUGUUGGUCGGGAUGCCCGGGCUACACCAACGGCGACCGCGACAGGCUCGUCGUGUCGGCAGCAUUCAAUGCUCUGCCGCAGGAGUAUGCCAGCGUUGUGGCCAUUGCAGAGGAGUUCUACACGAGCACUGGCAGGUGGAGCGUGCCGGACGCGGAGUCGAGGCUCACGCGGUUCCAGAACACCCUGACCAGCGUGCGCGGUAGCAGCAGCAGUGGCGAGCCGUCAAUUCACUUUGUGCGCGGCGUGGGAGGCGGCCGUGGUGGCCGCGGAGGGCGCGGUGUGCGCAACAAGGAGAACAUCCAGUGCCACAGGUGCCAGGGCUGGGGACACUACAAGUACGAGUGCCCAGAGCAGGCCGCUGAGGGCGGCGGUGGCAACCGGGGGCGCGGUGCACACGUUGGCCGGGACGGCGGUGACCGGCGCAUGUGGGCGGUGAACGUGGACCAGGGAAACGGCCGGGGGCGCGGCCGGGGGGUCCGCGCCUAGUAGCGUUCGUAGGAGCAGAAGAUAUGAUGUGGAGCAUAGACUAUGAUGCUAGCUCCGAUGUGAUGUGAACGGCCACGUUGGGCUGUCGGUGUGAGUAAAGCAUCGUGAGUAUGUCGGUGCAAGGAAGGCAUCGUGAGUACGAUAUGCGUGCGAGUAUGACACGCGGUGUGAGUGAAGCACCAGUAUGAGACGUGCAAGUGAAGCACGGGGUGUGAGUUAAGCACCUGGAGAUGUACGAGAGCAAAUGCAACGGAAUUGGCUUUGCGACUGUUGCACGAGUGAGGUGCACAGGUAUGUUAUGUGGCGCGUGAGGCCUGAUUACUGCGGUAUGGCCUGAUCACAGCGAGUGAGGUCUGAUCACUGCGAGUGAGACCUGAUCACUGCGCGAGACGCCAGCGGUUGAGAGUUGCUGUUAUGCUCUUAUCAUAUGAUGUUAAAAGAUCAUCUUAUGUGUAUGGCUCUCAAGCACUUGAAGCUAUGAUGCCGGUAGUGCGGCAUGAUGCGGUGUGUGAAACCGCAGGUACGGUGAAGUGAAGCCGUAAGUACAGCGGAUGCGGGAGCAUUCGGACACGGGGGAGCCGUGCAGAUAUGAUUGAGUAUGGAUUUCCGGAUGGAAUUGAUUGCGAUAGAAGACCGUAUUGAUUUGUGCUGAUUAUGGACGAUGCAGUGAGAAAGAGAAAGACGUGAUCUUGAGGACACGAGGACAUGGGACGAUUGCAGUAGCACAGUGACUACAAGCGGCAAGCGUACGAGGUAUGCAAGGAAUUGUCUGUAGCACGUGAUUUGAGGUAGGAGGCUAUUGCGAUACGUAAUUUGAGUAUGGAGUUCUGCCCGCGGGGGAGUGUUGAGAUAUCGGUCAGAACUAUCCAUAAGGGAGAACGUAGGGGAGUUCCGAGAGUGUGUGUGCGAUACACCAUGCAAGGACCUGACCCGGAAC